GCGCAAACCGUGUUAAAGUCCAUAGCCUAGAAAUCUAGAAUAUAAGUAAAACCAUUUAUGUAUUGAUUGUGUUGUGUGUGUGCACGGCGUCAGGUAAGGUAUUACGGGGUCACUCACACAUCCACAUCCACUCUCUCUUCUUCUUCUUCUUCUUCUUCCUCUCCACGACGAUUAAUAAUAAUAAUGGAGCAGCUUCAAACACCCACCACCACCCAUAAUAACACGAAUCCAGAAACCUCCAACUCCAACAAUGGCGAUCUUUUCUUCGAAGACUUCGACAGCACUUGUUCCACCCCUUACGUUAGCGCCCCUUCCAGCCCCGGCCGUGGGCCCCUCCCAGGCUUCUUCUACAGCGCUCCGGCCAGUCCAAUGCACUUCGCAAUCACUGCCGCAUCGUCUUACGAGAACACCCCUUCUUCCGCACCAAUGGGCUACGAGUUCGAAUUCUCCGCCCGGUUCGGGUGCUCUGGUUCGGCCGGGUCCGGUUCGAUGAGCUCGGCCGACGAACUCUUCCUGAACGGUCAGAUCCGCCCCAUGAAGCUCUCUACCCACCUCGAACGCCCGCAGGUCCUCGCUCCCCUGUUGGAUCUGGAAGGAGAGGAAGACGAGGACGAGGAAGUAGUGGAAUCCGUUAACGUUAACGUUAGCGUUGUCCGAGGAAGAGAUCUGAGGCUGAGAGACAAGUCGGUUCGCAGAAGAACCAGAUCCAUGUCCCCUCUUAGGAGCAACACGCCGUUAGAGUGGGCCGAGAACGAGGACGAGGAGGAUCACGUUCACGACAAAAACGUGACCAAGCCCAACCAAACCAACAUUAUUAGUUCCUCCGAAGCAGAGAAAGUAGAGGAUGGUUUGGGUUUGGGUUUGGAGACAACACCUUCGGUUUCAGGUUCGGCCUCGUCCUCUCGGUCUUCCUCCGCUGGGAGAAGCUCGAAGCGGUGGGUUUUCUUGAAGGACUUUCUCCGAAGCAAAAGCGAAGGGAGGAGUAACAACAAGUUCUGGUCCACCAUUUCCUUCUCCCCAACCAAAGACAAGAAAAAUCAAAACCCACCAAACGCCAAAAGCGAAACCACGCAGAAAACGAAAGGUAGUAGUAGUUCUAGUUCUCAGACUUGGGCCAGGAGAAUGAGUGGGAAGCCCACAAACGGUGUUGGGAAGAGGCGCGUGCCACCAUCGCCGCACGAGUUGCACUAUAAAGCGAACCGGGCCCAAGCAGAGGAGUUGAGGAAAAAGACCUUCCUCCCUUACAGGCAGGGUCUACUUGGGUGCUUGGGCUUUAGUUCAAAGGGAUAUGGGGCCAUGAAUGGCUUUGCUAGAGCCCUAAACCCUGUUUCCUCCAGAAACCACGUGGUGUGGGGAGCCAUGUUAGUUGGUUGAGGCCCCAUUGUAACUGUGCGAACACACUUGACUUGAGCUAUUUCCACACUACACCAUAAUUGAAAGAUGCCCCUGUUUUUGUCUGCAUCUCUCGCGUCUUGAGUUUUUGGUUGCGUAUGCGAAUUGCAUGAGAUAGGAUGUGUCGGGAUCAUGGCAAAUUGGCAAUAGAAUCAGAUGAUCUUAAAUUUGCCCUUUCUUUUGGGGUCCAAAAUGGUCUUUUUAGAUGCAGCGUUAUAAUUAUGCCGUGGUGAAGAUUAUUUGAGUUGAGUUCGGGAAAAAGAUGUUUGCAAAUCUAUAUGCGACAAGAUGUGGACGUAAUGUUUGAUGGAGAUUAUUUGACAUUGACUUGCUUAUAAGUUAGUACUAGUAUAUUAUAAAGCAGGAAUGUAACCCAUGUAAACAAACCACCCCAAGAGAUGUUCCAUUUUCAUUUUCUUUUUGGUUGCUUCUAUAUUUUUUUCAUUAUACUAUCCGCUUGUUCUUCGGUGCA